AUGUUGUCUAUUCAUUCUCGUGCUAUGUUUAAAGCAGCAAUCAUACUUUCUCAGACAUAUAACAUAACAAUCGGAGAACAAUUUAUUGGAUGGCAAACCGUACAAACUGAUGCCAAUGCAAUCAGUGCUCUUCGCAGUACAUGUUUGGCAAUAUCUUCUUCGAAUAUCGUAGGCAUUGUGGGUCCUGUAUCAUCGAGAGAAGCGAACUUUAUUGCUGAUUUUGCAGAAACAGUUAGUAUUCCUGUAAUAUCCUAUGCUGCAACUAAUCCUGAUUUAUCUGAUCGAAAUACAUAUCGUGUAUUUUAUCGCACAGUUCCUUCGGAUAAUGUAGCUGCAGUAGCAAUUGCACAACUAUUCACACGAUUUAAUUGGACAUCAUGUAUAAUUGUUUAUCAAAAUGAUGGCUAUGGUAUUGGUGGUACAAAAGCACUAAGUAAGAUAUUUAGUAAGAAUAGUGUGACAGUUGCACGAAUGAUAGACUUUGAUAUUACGACACUUAGUUUUAAAGUCACCUUGAAUAUCUCUUUAAUCAAUAGUCCAACCCGAAUUGUAAUAUUAUGGGCUGAUUCAAUUUAUACAUCUUUAAUUUUACAAUAUGCUCUUGAUUACAAUGUACUUGGCCCAAAGUUCAUAUGGAUAUUAAGCUCAAAUGCUCCAUUGAAUUCUUUUAAUCAAUCAUUCUAUCAAAACUUAAUUGGAAUACUUACUAUAGAACCUACAGUAGGAGCUAUUGUCAGUGCAUCAAUAAAUACAACAUUAUUAAAUGCAGCAUAUAAUAUUUGGCAACAAUAUGAACCUGAAUCAUUUCCUGGAGCAACAGAAGUGAAUUAUUAUGCACUAUUUGCAUUUGAUGCAACUUGGUCAUUAAUUCAAUCAUUACAACAACUUUGUUCAAUAACUACAAAUAGUUCUUCAUCAUGUAUAUCAAUUCUCAACUCUUCAUUCUGUUUUGAUUAUCGUGUUCUUAAUGCCAACUCUUUUUUUGAUACAAUUAUUAAUACUGAAUUUCUUGGUGUAUCUGGUCCAAUACAAUUUAGUAUCAAUGUAACAGAUCGAAUAAAUGGUAGUUAUUAUUUGCUACAAAAUGUUCAACCUUCUUCCAAUGGUGUAGCAUAUGUGCCAGUAUUGAAAUGGUCUGAUUCUAGCAAUUGGACAGAAUAUGCAUUAACAAAUCUAAUUGUAUGGCCUGGUAAUUUAUUGAUAUCACCUAGCGGUCAUGCACUACUUUCAAGUAUUAGCUUACGAAUCGGUAUUAUUGAAUUAGCUCCAUUCACAACGAUCGAUUCUAUAGAAGAUGAAAAUGGACAAAUCACAACAAAGUAUGUUGGUUAUAUACCUGAUCUUAUUGAUCUUUUACAGGAGAAGAUGGGAUUUAUUCCUAAUCUUAUACUAACACCUUCAAAUCAAACCUAUGAUCAAAUAAUCCAAGCAGUGGCAAGAGGCGUUUACGACAUGGUGGUAGGUGAUGUCACAAUUACUGCUAGACGAAGAGAAUUUGUUGCUUUUUCGAGUUCAAUAUUUGAUAAUUCUUUACGUCUUAUUCUUCGAAAACAACGCCCUGUUAGAGUAGAUCUUGUAUCUUAUUUGAAGCCAUUCUCAUUGAAACUCUGGAUGCUAAUCUUGGUUUCUCUUAUCUAUGCUGCUUUCUUAAUAUAUCUAAUAGAACGACAAGAUAAUAAAUCCUUACAAGAUAGAUCAAUAAUUUCAUCAUUUGCAAUGAGUUUAUGGUAUUCGAUUGGGAAUCUGAUGGGAUAUGGUGGUGAUAUGCAACCUUCAACAGCGGCUGGACGCUUAUUAACUGUUGGUUUGUAUGUUUUAAGUUUAGUAUUAGCAGCAACAUAUACUGCGAACUUAGCAUCUAAUCUAACAUUAACUAAAUCCAAGAAUAUAAUUUCUGGAAUUGAUGAUAUUAAAAAUGGCAUGAUAUCACCUAGUCGUAUAGGUAUUAGUUUAGGUACAGCUAGUGAAGAUUAUUAUUUACAAGUAAUCUCUAAAGGCAGUCGAGAUUUUCAUGAAUUAAAAUCUCAACAAGACCUAUACAACGAUCUACUCAAUGAUGUCAUCGAUACAUCUUUUAUGGAUAUCGGUGUUGCAGAAUAUAUAACUAAUAAUGUAUAUUGUAAUUUAACUUUAGUUGGAGCAGAUUUUGAUAAGAGUGCAUUUGGUAUUGUUAUUCCUAAAAAUUGGUUAUAUGAGCAAGAUUUAGAUGUAAAUAUAUUAGAAUUAAGAGAAUCAGGUAAACUUGAUGAGUUAACAUUGAAAUGGUUUCAAACAAAUAAUUGUCCUGAUUCAUCUGGUGCAUUGGCUACUGAUUCUAUGGGCAUUGAAGCAAUGAGUGGAUUAUUUGUUACAUAUGCAGUCAUUACCAUUCUAUCAUUAUUAUUAUUCGCAUGGACAAAAAGGUUUCUUAUAAAAGAUAUUAUAUCGAAACUAAUGCGUCGAAAGGCUUUAUUAGUCGAACCAAAUGUUUCUGAAAUAAGACUUUCAACCAAAACCUCUAAAGAUCCACAAGUCUUCCAACUAUCUUCAUUCAAUGAAGGGUAG